CGGUAGCAGGCGCCGGCGUCUCCUGACCCGGCCCGCCAUGGCGCUGGUGCUUUGGGUGGCCGUGCAGCUUGGCGCCGGCUCUGCGGCGUACGUGGUGUCCGUGGAUGCCCGGCGAGCCGAGCGGCCCCUGCCGCACUUCUGGAGGAGCACUGGCUUCUGCCCUCCUUUACCUCACAGCCGUGCUGAUCUAUUUGACCUGAGCAAAGACCAAGAGAUCAACCUUGCCUACAUUUCUUCUGUUCCACAUGGUGGCAUUGAACAAGUUCGAAUUCAUUGGUUAUUGGAAUUAGUUGCUCUCAGAGUGAUGAAUGGAAAACUUCACUACAAUUUUACUGCUUUGGAUAACCUUAUGGAUCGCCUGUGGGAAUAUAAGCUAAUUCCAGGAUUUGAAUUGAUGGGGAAUCCAUCGGGAUAUUUUUUAGAUUUUGAAGAUAAAGAACAAGUAAUAAGAUGGAGAAACUUAAUUACGCUUCUGGCCAGAAGAUACAUAGAUAGGUAUGGAUUGGAGCAUGUUGCUAAAUGGAAUUUUGAAACAUGGAAUGAACCAGACCAUCGUGACUUUGACAAUGUGUCUAUGACAGUGAAAGGGUUCCUCAACUAUUAUGAUGCUUGCUCAGAAGGAUUAAGAGCAGCCAGUCCUCUACUAAAAUUUGGAGGGCCUGGGGAUUCUUUCCACCCCUUACCCAAGUCACCCAUAUGCUGGAGUCUUCUGUGGCAUUGCUACAAUGGAACUAACUUCUUCACAGGGGAGACUGGUGUAAGGCUGGACUACAUCUCUCUCCAUAAGAAGGGAGGUGGGAGUUCUCUCUACAUCUUGCAACAAGAAGUGGAAGCAGUUGAACAAAUUCAGAAAUUGUUUCCAAAUUUUGCUUCUGUUGCCAUAUACAAUGAUGAAGCAGAUCCAAUGGUUGGAUGGUCCAUUCCGCAACUGUGGCGAGCUGAUGUGACCUAUGCAGCUAUGGUUGUAAAGGUAAUCAUCCAGCAUCAAAAUCUGCUCUUUUCCAAAGCCAACAACACCAUCAACUACACGCUGCUGAGUAAUGAUAAUGCCUUCUUGAGCUACUACCCCCAUUACUUCACACAGCGGACUCUGACAGCACGCUUUCAGAUGAACAAUACUGCACCACCUCAUGUCCAGAUGGUGCGGAAACCAGUGCUGACUGUCAUGGGCUUGCUGGCACUGCUAGGAGAAAAACAGGUUCUUGCAGAAGUGAAGAACAGUGAAGGGGAAAGCACUGAAAACAGCACAAUUGGCGUCCUGGCAUCUGUGCACACCCCAAAUGAGAUGCAACCCUCGGACAGUUGGCAAGCUACUGUACUGAUGUAUUCAAGUGAGGAUAACAGGACUUCAUCCAACAUCAGCACUGUCACAGUGAAUGCCAUCCACUUUCCCAAACUUAGAGACCUGGUGUAUGUGACGUAUUACCUCGAUAACAACCAAACCAAUCCCUACCUGAAGUGGAAAAAGUUAGGAAGCCCUGACUUUCCUUUCCCAGAACAGUUCCAGGAAAUAAGAGAUGCUGAGGAUCCCGUGGUAACAGGCCCAUUCCCAUUUCCUGAAGGUGGCAUCCUGACACUGAAGCAAGACUUUCCCAUUCCAUCAGUCUUUGUUAUCCAUAUUUGUGCAAGACCCAGAUCUAUUCCUGAUCAGGUGACUGGUGUCCGUUUGAUCCCUCUCACAAAGGGGCAGGUCAUUGUGUUUUGGGAUGAUGGCUGUGUAAAUUCAAAAUGUAUAAAGACAUUUGAAGUGGAGUUCUCACCAGAUGGGAAAGCAUACAAGCGGAUUAAUGCCAAAGACACAAUUUUCACUCUCUGGGUCUACAGUCCAGGAAGCUCAGUCUCCGGCUUUUACAGAGUACGUGCCAUUGACUACUGGGGGAAGGGUGGCCUGUCUUCUCUUCCUGUGGAGUACAUCGAAGCUUUCAAGUGACUCCAAAGAGGAGUGCCUGGCUUGGUGUCUAGGUGGUAUAUGCUCCCUGCAAACACCCACUGCCCAGAAAGAUAAACUCCUCCCAGGCUGAGGAGGGAGUACCAAGAACCAGAUGAAGCAAGUUAGGAAUGCAAAUUAGAAGCAACUACCACUAUUAACUCUUCAGUGCUCAAAAGACAGUGUUAUCAAGCAACCGCAACUGACAAUCCAGCUGGUACAACUGUAUGAGGCUGCUAUAUGGCUGGGAUUCAGCUUGAUAACUAUGAAUUAUGGGAAUAAAUACUUAUUAUUCCCUAUUUCACACUAGUAGCCACUCACUCCAGCAGGAGCAGGACCAUCACUUUGCUGUGUGAGUGAGAAUGGCAGCAAAAGCACAAGAAGGAUCUGUCUGAGAGUGAAAUGCCUGCCUCAGCUGGCAGGUUGUCUUGAUGUAGCAGUUUGAUGGAGAAGUGCACAGCAGCCAGGCACGUCCAGAACAUGGAGUGAAGCGUCCCUGUGUCCCUGCCUGUUAGUCAUACCUGCUCCAGUGGUUUAUUUCAGAGUAUUUGCCAUGUCUUCAGAUGUAUGAGACUCUUCAUCCUCCCACAGAGGGCUUUCCACUGAACUCUCUCUGCAUUUGCAGCUGUUAUUUGGAUGCCAGGGCUGUUCCCUCACACCGGCAGAGGAAGGAGCAGCAGCUCAUCCUCAAAGGGGAAAAAGGCACAGAAAACUCUAGCCUCCAGAUUUGCCUGUCUUUUCUGCUUUCUCCUUUUGCUCAAUCUGCCUGUUUGCUCUGUGGCUGCCAGCUGCUACCUCUUUGUGGUGGAGGCUUUAACCCUGAAAGCCUCUCUUUCUCUCUAUUGCUGUCACCUAACAUGGCCUUCUGCAGUCUUUACAGCUAAUGUCUCUCCUGAGCAUGCAUCUCCUCUCAAACUGAGUGACCUGAGGCUUAACUUUGGGUGGUCAGGAGAAAGCUGAAAUGCUAGUCAGAGCUUUUGUGUUUCCAUAUUACAGGAGAGCACACUCUUGAAUGGAGCAGGGCUGCUACUGACAGCCUGUACGAAAUGAAACAAGAAAAUUGGAGCAUGUGUGCUUUGCAAAGCAUGUGCGCAAGCAUGUGAUAGCCCCACAUCAUGAGCUACAGAACACCUCUGGCUGUCCUUGCAGCUGCCAAACACUUUAUGUAACAGCAAAGUUCCCUGAAGUCGCAAGGGUGUUUUUUUACUCUCUCCUUUCCACAACUGGCACAGUUUGAGCUGUACCUUUAAAAUGCUUGUAGAGGGAAGGAUGAUGCCAGUGAAAACAGCCCCAGUGUUUUCCAUAAGAGGAGCAACUUUGUUGCACAAACAAAUCCCCUGCUGCUCUCUUUGCUGACAUCAGCCACCUCACCAACAUAACAAGGACUGUAUAUUUGGUGAAACAUUCAGGUCUCACACAAAAAAAAUAGCUUUGCGCAGUAGGAGACAGCAGAACUAGCUCAAAUGGCCUCACACACACAGUGCAGAAAAGAAACAUAUACAAAAAGUCAGUAUAUAUGAGAUAAGGCUUUAUAUCCCCUUAUUUCUGGUUACUUGUUCGUGUGCUUACCCUGAAAGUUAGCCUGGAAUGAUUCAUUUUGUCACAGAAUUCAGAUGAAAUAUUUCCUGCCUCACUGAAGUUUGAAUAAGGAGCACUUGUAACAUCCUAAUCUGCCAAUUCAUUGCCCGUAAAGGCUUGUGCACAACAGAAAAGGGCCAUUGGAACCUGCUUAAUGGACAACUUUCUUAACUCUGAAAAAGUUAGUGACAAGUUCUAUUUGGACAGAGAUUGUAAAAAUUUAUUUCAAAGUUGUAAUAACUGCCCCUAAGUGAAGAAUCAGAAUAUGCAGUUAAAUAAAAUCCAGCAGUCAAGACAUGCUUGUUUUGUCAGUAUGAAGUGAAACCACAAAAUAAAAAAUACUUUUAGAAAUACUUAAGUAUAGAUCCUUGAGAGAUUUUAGUCCAUCUGAAGGAGGGGAAGAUACAUCUUGAGAGGACAAUUUACCUUGUUAGGAUGUCCUGUUUGAGUAGCCUUCUGCUUUAAAAUUUUCCCACACUGACAAUCAGAAUACAGCAGUCUUUAUCAAAUCAAUGGCUAUGCACUGGUAACAGGCGUUUGAAAUGAAAAGAAAAAAGCGUAACUGUUAUGAAGGGUGUUGAUUUUGCUGUGCAGGGAUAUAGUGGAAAAUGUAUAGGUGUGUAAAUCACAAAAAAUAGAUCACUGCCCUGCUUAUUUAGAAGACAAACUUAAAUUAUACCUCUCUGAGGUGAGGUUUGUAGUGGCAUAUAUGACACAAAUGAUGCAAAUCUGAUAAGUCCUGGUGGAAUAUUUGGCUUUUGCAAAGGUGCAGAACAGACAGUGGUGAUUGACUUCUCUUUCACUGUGUUGAAUGAAGUCUAUCCCUAUGGUAAGUAAUUUCCUUUGGGGCAAGUUAUCAUCUCUUAGAAGAUUUUUACUGCGGGGAGUUCUGUUGACCCAUGAUUUGUGCUUCUUAGCAGAGACAACCAUGAGGCUUGCGGCUGCCUUUUUAAAGUGGUUUGUAAUUUUUUUGGUUUGUCAAAAAGCAGUGUAAGAGUUCUGGUUUCCCUAAAGUUUCAAGGUGAAAUUUCCUACAAUAUUGUAUUGGCUGUUCAAGCCACAAAAAGUCAGAAUUUGUAUUUGCAUGAGCAGAACUUAGCAUGUUGUAGGUGCAAAUAAAAGCCAGUUUCUUAAGGUCAAGUCCAACCACUUUGAAAAUGUGUCACUAGGUCCCUCAUUUAGGGCUUUUGCAUUAAACAUCCUCCAGAGUGUGGAAGGCACUCUGUUUUUUCAGGUGGCAGUGGUAAAUACACCUGGAAAGCGCAACUGACCAGAAGUGGUGCCCUGCCUGUUCAGAAACCAGUUUUGGAUAUUCAGCAAGAAUUUUUUUCUUUGCUGCUUUGAUAUAAGUUCAUUUCUUUCAUCAGUGAGCAAGUCCGAACAAUUGCAGCAGAGAAUUUGGUAUUUCCAGGCUUGAAUUUAUUUCCGACAAAGUAUAGAAGUUUUAGGCUGCCCUUGUCUGUUUUAUAAUUUUAUGUCACAGAUAACUGGUAUUUUAUAUUUGAAAUGUGAGUUUUCUGUAACCAUCUGUUGCUGAUUCUGUCCGAUGGGGCUUCCAGAACUGUGUGUUUAACUCUACCGUCUGCAUUACUGGGCAGGGAUCAGCCCUUCCUCACAGUUUUAGUUUUCCGAAGUGCUAGCAGGUGCUUAGUAGUUCUGUAGCAUCAAAAUCCAAGCAAGACUGCAGAACGCUCAGUAAUAUCUCUUCCUGGCCAUAAAUCCAAGUAGGAAAGUGUAACUGCAACUCCAAGGUGAGAUUAUUUGCCAGCUCUUCAAGCAAAAGCUUCCAGGUCUAAGUAACAGUUUCUCAAGUAUUUGUUAAAAUGAAUGCUAGAGAAAAAACUUUCAAAAAGAGUGUUUUAUAAUGGUGUAUAUACUGCAUUUGUUGCCAUCUUUUGUGCUACUCAAUAAAACCAGGUUUUAAUCUUUCA